AUGAAGUACAGGACGGUGAUGAUGUACAUGGAGAUCGGCUGCUUUGUAUCCUGUCUGUGUGGCUGGAUCCUGGUGUGUUCCACUCUUCCCACAGAGUACUGGACUUUCUCUGAGGUUGGCAGCAUUGUGUUGACCACCUCCAACUACUACUCUAACCUUUGGAAGGACUGCAUCUCAGACACCACGGGGGUGUCCGACUGCAAGGAUUACCCUUCCUUGCUGGCCCUGCCUGUGUUCCUACAUGCCUGCAGAGCGCUGGCUGUCUGCUCUGUCAUCACCGGCUUCUUCGGAGGCGUCCUCACACUCGUAGGGAUGAAAUGCACUAAAAUAGGCGGAUCAGAGCUUGCCAAUGCAAGGGUGACAUUUGCAGGCGGUAUAACCUACCUGGUUUCAGGAUUCUGUGGUAUGAUCACCUACUCAUGGUGGGCCAAUAAAGUCAUAACAGAGUUCGUGGAUCCAAAUUUCAGGGCACAGAAAUUUGAACUUGGAGCUGCGGUUUUCAUUGGUUGGGGAGGCUCUAUCCUUAUCAUCUGUGCAGGGACUGUGAUGACUUUCUUCUCUGGAAAAGAAGGCCUACCAUCAAGUUCCCAGCAAAGGCCACGUAGACCGGCCACUUACGCUACCGCCCGCACCAGACGGACCUACAUGAUGCCGCCCACGGGAUCCAGAGUGACGCUGGGGCCCCCACUGUUCUAUGAAGGCAGGAAAAGUCGAGCAACCAGAUCACCAACGAAAACAACUCGGACCUUCAGCAGGGACGACUUCGUCUGA